AGGUGUCUUCUCAGUCUGGAGUAAGCUCCCACUCGAAGGCCGGGGUGAAGGGCGAGUGCGGAUUGUGAGAUGCGUUGUAAAUGGGUGUAAUUUUUGUGUGGUUUAUUGAUAUAUAUUUUUUACGAAGCUGACAAUGAUCGGCCUGGCCAAGAAGUUUUUCCGGGCGUUGCAUCGCAUUUCCACCACGUCAGUAUCACGGCAGGAUAGACUUGACGUUUUGUUUGGGAUAUUCUUCGCCCACCUCACUCUCACAGUAUGGAGUCCCAUGUGCGGAUGUCUCGACAACAGUUUCGUGCUCUACAACACUAUCCUCCUCGUCACCAUUAUAUGGAGUCUGCACCAACAUGAAUCCGAGGAAGCCCCCUUCAUAGCCUUUUGUGUUAACAUCCUUGCCAUCAUGUUUGACGUUGUCAAUAUGUCAUUAAAUUGGCCUACUCUCCAGAUUGGAGGGGCCAUGAAAUUCGGAGCAGCCAUGGCCAUCGUGAACCUCCUGUUGCGGCCUUUGUCAUGCUACCUCCUCUUCCGCAUAGUCCAGGACCGAGCAGGGCCAGACGGCUCCAUAGGACUGCCCUCGGGUUUCGACAGCCUCUUCGGUCUUCGCCGCAACCCUUACGAAGACAUCGACCAGGGCUCGCAACGGACGCCUUCAGGAACCGACCCCGAGAACACCACCGCUUCAGAGCCUCCGCCAGAAAAGGUCAUCGCCACCUAGGCCUACCUGGUGCUCCUCCAGCCUGGAGCUUCAGCCUUUAAGCUUCUUGUUGGCGAGUGGGCAUUAUUUUCAGCUUCUUCUGUGACCGUGGAUGACGAAAGAAAAUAUUUUAUUUCUAAAUAUUUCCUAGAUUUUGUUUGUAUGUUUGUUUGUUUUAAAUGUAAUUGAGAUGUUUAUCUGAUUUGUGGAGUGGAGAAUGGAAAUGUCUUUAUAGUAUUGAUGAUUAUACAUAUUUUAACAAACACGCAGAUAGAAAAUGUGCUUUUGAAAUAAAGGGACGCAUGCCACAG